AUGAACCUUCUCAGCACUAUCGCUCUCUUCUCUUCACUUCCCUUGAUCCAUGCCCAGUAUGGAAAUCAAGCUAAAUCCUCUGCCACAACUGCCGCAUCGUCAACCACUUCAACCACCUCGGCUGCUAGUGGCAUUCACACCGUUGAUGUUGGCGAAGAUGGCCUCACCUUCAACCCAGAUUCCUUGACAGUUUCUCCGGGUGACAAGGUCGAGUUCCACUUCUACCCACCAGACCACUCAGUUGUCCAAGCUUCCUUUGACAACCCCUGCCAGCCAAUUAGCAGUGGAGGUUUCUUCAGUGGAUUCUUCCAGACAAGCCAGGAAUCAAAAACUGUCUUCACGGUGACCGUCAACAACACCGACCCUAUUUGGCUGUAUUGUGGUGUGCAGGGACACUGCCAGGCCGGCAUGGUCGGAGUCAUCAAUCCUCCUUCUAGCGGAGAUACUCUAGACUUGUUCAAGGCAGCAGCAGCAAAGGCUAAAGACUCGACCGUACCGGCAAACGUCUUCGGUGGUGUGGUUGGUACUGCCAGCAGCGAAAAUACUAGCAGCACAGCUACUGGCACAGCUACGGCUACUUCUACUGGAUCGGCAAGCAAGACGAGCGCUUCUACCUCCACCACAACUAAUGCAGCAAAUACCAUGCGCACUGCCGGCGAUGUCGGUGCCUUGGCGUUGUUGGGCCUGUUCUCGUGGCUCAUGAUGUAG